AUGGCCAGCAGAAGCUUUCUUCCCUUGAUCGUCCCGCUGGCGUGGAUCGCCCCGGCGUGGGCUUACGACUUCCAGUACUUCUUGCCACAAGAGUUUCUCAAAGAUCUCCCCUUGAGGGACGGCAGCUUCGCAUCUGAAGUCAUCCAUUAUGUGCUCACGGCUUCUUUUCCUGAUGUGCAUCACAAGGAAGUGGAAUCGGGGUGGUUCAGUGAAGCCUUUGCAGACUCGGACUUCAACUCGGAAUCCUAUCGCUCGCGUCGAGACGUUUGUGUCCGAGUGGCCCCGGGAGGCAAUCCGCAAGGAGAACCACACAUGUGCGAGCAUCCGAAUUCACAUGCACCACAGGCCGUGAUCCUGCCCCCUGCCAACAAAGAGGACAUUGGCAGAUUCCACCUGGAAGCAGAGUUUGAGUUCAGUGUCCCUGGCCAUUUGGACAUUGAAUCUAGAACAUGUUUCAUCGUUUGUUGGCAUGAUACAAUAUGCGAUGAAGAAGUCACUAUCACCGGCGUGCUCCUGGUGAGCAGCUCAGUUCGUGUCCAAAAGGCACAGGGGGGUACCUUGCACCUGCUGCCAACGACCGAGGUGUCAUGGAAGUCUGGACCGGAUGUGAAGGGUUGUCAUCCAGAUUGGCUGGUCAAGCUGUUCGCAGAUGUGAAAAGCGACUUGUCGGAUGGUGUCCGCAAGAUUGUUGAAUCUUAUGUGAGCCAGAACUUGCAGUCAGAACUGGCUGUCCCACAAACCAUGUCUCUUCAUCCGCCGGAUCUCAACUUGACGUACGAGCUGCAAACCCUGCAGUUUGUUCACUCUACCACGCCAGCGAAUGAAAGCUAUGUCAUUGCGCAUGCCAAUUGCGUGAUCCAUGCUAGGGCAAGAAACGGCAGCAUUCAAGCCUUUCCAGAUGCAAGCGCUCCGUGGACAGGGAAACACAAUGCCCUCCCGUUGGAUGAUCAGUGGAGACGUGUAGUGGGAAGCGGUCCAGAUCAAUUGGUUCUUCUUGGUGGGGCGCGCUUUAGUCAGGAACUGCUGACAAUGCUGGCUCGCAGCAUGCACUACGUAGGCAUGCUCUACUCGCAGAAUUCGACUCAUGUCAAGGAUGCAGAACUAUACUCGACCAUCGACAUGUCCUGCCCAGAGGUAGAUAUUUCCAAAGCCCGAGUUGGAGUUAUCAUGAAGCAAGACCACCUUCACUUUCAAAUUGACUGCCUGGACAAGAUGGCAGUCAAUGCUUCAAACUUCAGCUUGGUGAACUUUACAUUCAGCCAAGUCAUGGAGGAACUCUUCGUGUCGGCCUACGUGCCGAACGACCACACAGCCGGAAUCAUCCUUCAAGUGUUGAACGUGAGCAUGGGAAGCGCCAAUUUGACGGCCUUUCAAUCUCAUGCCUUCAUCGGUUCAGAGAGUGAAUUGAAGUCCUUGGCCCUACAAGCCAUGCAAAAAUCCCUUCCGCUCAUGAAUGAUCAACUGAAUCGUACCCCGAUCAUUUUUUGUGGUGGUGGAUCUUCAUCCUGUGCCUUGGUGCCUUUCGCCCCCCAUCCCUCAGUGACCACCGUGCCCCCGAAGAAGACGAAACCGGGCUACGUGCAACUCGCUUGGUACUGCCAAUGCGGAAGCUCCGACUUCUACCAAUCUUGCGUCGGAUUUCCAUGCCCAGAAGCUGCCCUUGGGUCCCGAUUUCAAGUCAGACAGCUUCGUCAGAAGGCUGGUGCCGUUGGCACCGCAUGGGUUGGGCCCAGGAAAGCUCAGCAGCUGCCUAGUACUGAUCCCGUGUCAACAUCGGCCCGUGUGUGGGCCAGCAUGUUUUCCAAUCCGCGCUGCAGCUUCAUUCCAGGGCAGAGCAUGGCUUUUGCCAAUGUUCCUGAGGAACAGUGCAUGGCGAGUGAUCAACCAGCACUAGCUCCAGCAUUCAAGCUUCACAGUUACGAGCACGGCUGGCACUUGUACACUGGCUGCAAUGCGGAUGACUGCUCAAGCUGUGGGCUGACACGUUGGGUCCCUGUGAGAAGGUGUACUUGCCUGGAGCCCUUUGGAACUUGUAUUGUCCUGGCCUCCUCCAGUGAUGAGUGUGUGGGUGGCUUGCAGAGCUAUCCGGACGAUGAGCCAAUCUUGGCUGCCAACAACAGCCGGACGGCCUUCAUGGAUGCCAUCAGGGUCCACGGUUGCAAGCCUUGUGGCGUGGAGGGGGACUUGAAGUGUGAUGCUUCGUGGUCUGGUGAGGAGCUGCGUGGGGAUCUGUUCUGCGACAACUGUUCCACGGAGGUUUGUGCUUUGAAGAACAUCUCCCUUGGGCAGCAUCAAGUGCCACAAACACCGCUUGGCCAGCGGAGUGGAUACAACGAAGUUGCAUUGGCCACACCCAGAACACUGACGCUUCUGCGUGCCUGCGCGCAAGGGGCUGGUGGUGAGGAUCGUUUGGACGAUCUGAAUGCCGGGCUGUUGGAGAAUUUUCUCAUCGCUCUAGCGUUGUUUGGGAUCGCUCUUGUGAUUUGUUGGAGCUGCGGCUUCUUGGAGAAGCACUGCUGGUGGCAGAGGUUCCCCAGACUUCGUUUGUGGGCACGUCUCUGCCACAGAGAUCGGCUUGAGGAAGAGAAACACUUCCAUUGGUGCCUUUGGAUGGGGUGUGCCCUUCUUACCACCUGUGGGCUGGUUUGGAUGCGCUUCAACCCCUUGGCAGGCCAGUUGGCCCAGAUCGAGAACACUAUGGACACCAGCAAUUUUGACACUGCGGCGGCGAUACGUAUUGUAGAGACUGCCCGUGCUCGAGGGUUUUGGGUCUUCGUGAUGUGUGCUGCAGUGCUCUUCGCAGUCUCAUUGCUGCGGCUGUUGCAGCACGUGCGGCUUCGAGUAGGUCUGCGCCCACCCAAGAUCGAUGAGGAGAGUCCAUGUUCUUCCGCUUGGAGGUUCAUGGUGGUCUUCCUUUUGACUGAGGCUGGUGCAGCUGCGUCCUUCUUGGCCUUCGUUUUCUGGCAGGGGGAAUUCUCGACAUCCUUUGAGAGGCAGAAACAGCAUGCAAGCGAUCUGGGUUUUCUGUCAGGUGUCGUAGCUUCUUCCACCUCAGCAGUCUUCUGCAUGAGAGUUAUCUUGAGCUGGAUUGGCCCCAUGACGAUUACCCUGAGCCUUUCAACGAGUUCCAUCCUGUUUUCGGCAUCGCUGUGCAAGGUCAAAGGACGCGCAAAUCGAAGUCUCAACUCGGUGGUUUUGGGCAUCGUCCUGACACAAGAGGUGACGGCAUUGAUCUUAGCGAUCGCGUACUUCCAUUCAGGCUAUGCUUCAACCAUAUUGCUAUGGCUGAUCAUGUGCAGUGGGACUCUCAGCGGUGUAUGGUUUUACUUGCUCUCCUCCGACAGCAUCUUCGUGCAAACGUGGCUGCAGCUUCUGCUGGGCUGCCUGGUCACCUCCCACAUCAUCCUUAAAUGCCUGGUGGGAUGGCUUCUGACUGACUCCGCUUUGCUUCCGUUCUUGCUAUGUUCUUCCUGCACAACCGUGGGUCUUUCCUCCAUGGCAGUGAUUCUCUUGGGACGUUUGGGGGCUGCGUCUCCAGCAACAACGCCGCGGUCAGAAACAUCGUCGACCACAUCAUCCACCGACCAUCGGGGACACAUGAUCCGAGCCGACUGCGUCUCCGUGUUGAUGCUCAGCAGCCGUUUCUUGUUGGAAAAGGAGGAGGCCAAGACCCCGGGCUUUGGGGCCCGAAUCAAAUGGAGGAGGCUGUGUGCUUUGCUGGGCUGUUUGGGUUUGCUGGUGGGCCUGCAGCGAAGCUUGUGGCACAAUUUCACCCACUCGGCUUGGGAUGACUUGAACGCCUUGAUUGCUUCUUGGAUAGGCUCCGAUGCAUUGAUCGACCACGACUCCGGCUCGGUUCUUGCACCCUGCGUUCAACAGUACGACUCCGCCCGGACGGCGCGGGCAGCUUGCAGCGUGGCUGGGGCCGUGUUCUUCACGCUGGCGGUGCUCUCGGAUGUGGUAGGCUCAAGCGUGGCGAUGCGGUGGCCACAGCAUUCGGCCGUCAGGUUUUUGAAAUGCUCUAGGAUGUUAGGCUUUCUGGGAAGUAUUUGCUAUGCGUGUGGUAUGCUGGUGCUGAAUCUUCCGGACUACGUGGGCUUGCUUGAUUUUGGAGUGCUGGAGCAUUGUGGGAGCGGCUUUUGCAAGGCAGUGACAGAUUCUAUGAAGUCGGCGGUGGGUUCUGGACUGUUGGCAAAGGCAGGCAUGGAGUUUUUGCCUCUAUUGGUAUGUUUGGCUUGGACCUUCUUCCGGAUUGGUUUCUUCUUGGCUUCAGACCCCCAGAACAUGGAGGCAGUGAAUGCACUGAUGUGGGUGACUCUGAGUUGCAUGCUGCGGCUAUCCCCCUUAGCAGGGACUGCUGCCUUUGUCGCUUCGCCCAGUGCAGAGGUGAUUGGCUGGUUCAUUGCCUUCUUGCUCCUGCCUACUCUGCUCCUAGGGGUCAUCGUGAAGAUGAAGUUCACCUCUUUAGCUUGGUACUUCCUGUGGGGUUGGGUCCUUUACCUCAUGCCUUUGCUGGUGAUGGCUUCCUAUGCCCUGGGAGUCGACUUCGGGACCUUGCUCAGGAGGCUUUUCGAGUACUUGAAGCAGGAUUGGCCGAGCUUCCUGGCAGAGUUCACGCUCUCCGAUGUGCUGAUCUCUGAUCUCUUCUUCACCAUGGUGUUCGUUGAGAAAGCCUAG